CCUUCUCGAGUAGACUCCGUCGGACGGUCGGCUGCGCUUUUCUGCCCGGCUCCGGCGCGCGCGCCCGUUCUUCUCUUCGCCUUCGCCCGCCGUGUGGGCUCGCCGCUCCGUCCGCCGGGUCCCUUCGCCCCUUCCUAGCGCCAUGGCAGAGCAGGAGAGCCUCGAGUUCGGCAAGGCGGACUUCGUGCUCCUCGACGCCGUCUCCAUGCCCGAGUUCAUGGCCAACCUCCGGCUGAGGUUUGAAAAGGGACGGAUCUACACUUUUAUUGGGGAAGUGGUCGUUUCUGUAAACCCUUACAAGAACUUGAAUAUCUAUGGACGGGACAUGAUCGAGCAGUACAAAGGUCGGGAGCUGUAUGAGCGGCCCCCUCAUCUCUUUGCUAUUGCGGAUGCUGCAUACAAAGCCAUGAAGAGACGAUCAAAGGAUACCUGCAUCGUAAUAUCAGGUGAGAGUGGAGCAGGCAAAACAGAAGCAAGCAAAUACAUCAUGCAAUACAUAGCUGCCAUUACUAAUCCAAGCCAGAGAGCUGAGGUAGAAAGGGUGAAGAACAUGCUGUUGAAAUCCAACUGUGUCCUGGAAGCCUUUGGCAAUGCCAAAACCAACCGAAACGACAAUUCCAGCCGGUUUGGAAAGUAUAUGGAUAUCAACUUUGAUUUCAAAGGGGACCCAAUAGGUGGGCACAUCAAUAAUUACUUGCUGGAAAAGUCACGGGUGAUUGUGCAGCAGUCAGGAGAGCGCAACUUUCACUCCUUCUACCAGCUACUCCAAGGAGGUUCUGAACAGCUGCUACGUUCCUUACAUCUACAUAAGGAUUUAUCUGCAUACAGCUAUAUUGCUACUGGAAUGCAGUUAAAGUGUUCUAUUAAUGAUGGUGCUGACUUCAAAGCUGUGGCUGAUGCUAUGAAAGUAAUUGGAUUUGAACCAGAGGAGACUCAGACAGUAUACAAAAUUCUAGCUACCAUUCUCCAUUUGGGCAAUUUGAAGUUUUCUGUGGAUGGUGACAUACCUGUCAUUGAAAACAGCAAGUUAGUGUCUGUCAUUGCUGACCUGCUCGCAACCAAGGCUGACAUGGUGGAGAAGGCCUUGCUUUUUCGAACUGUUGCUACCGGCCGGGACAUCAUUGAUAAACAGCAUACAGAGCAAGAAGCCACCUAUGGCAGAAAUGCGUUUGCAAAGGCAAUAUACGAGCGCCUUUUCUGCUGGAUUGUGACACACAUCAAUGACGUGAUUGAAGUCAAGGACUACAACAGCACAGUUCAUGGGAAAAACACUGUAAUCGGGGUCCUUGAUAUCUAUGGCUUUGAGAUCUUUGACAAUAACAGUUUUGAACAGUUCUGUAUCAAUUACUGCAACGAGAAACUGCAGCAGCUCUUCAUUCAGCUUGUUUUGAAGCAAGAGCAAGAGGAAUAUCAGCGUGAGGGAAUUCCGUGGAAGCAUAUUGACUACUUCAACAACCAGAUCAUUAUUGACCUAGUGGAGCAACAGCAUAAAGGAAUCAUUGCCAUUCUGGAUGAUGCCUGCAUGAAUGUCGGCAGAGUCACUGAUGGGAUGUUCUUGGAGGCUCUUAAUACCAAACUGGGCAAACACGCUCACUUCUCCAGCAGAAAGCUCUGUGCUAUGGACAAAAACCUGGAAUUUGACAGAGACUUUCGGAUUAAGCACUACGCUGGAGACGUUAUCUACUCAGUUACAGGAUUUAUAGAUAAAAACAAGGACACUUUAUUUCAAGAUUUCAAGCGCCUGAUGUACAACAGCUCCAAUCCCGUGCUGAGAAAGAUGUGGCCAGAAGGCAAGUUGAGCAUCACAGAAGUGACUAAGCGACCACUGACUGCUGCUACCCUUUUCAAGAACUCAAUGAUUGCUUUAGUGGACAAUCUGGCAUCAAAGGAACCAUACUACGUCCGCUGCAUUAAGCCUAAUGACAAAAAGUUGUCACAUCUAUUUGAUGAGGAGCGUUGCAGGCAUCAGGUGGAAUACCUUGGACUCCUGGAAAACGUCAGGGUCCGAAGAGCAGGUUUCGCCUAUCGUCAGACAUACGAGAAAUUCCUUCACAGGUACAAGAUAAUUCCUGAAUUUACUUGGCCAAAUCACAAGCUCCCAUCGGACAAGGAGGCUGUUAAAAAACUGAUUGAGCAUUGCGGGUUCCAACACGACGUGGCCUACGGCAAGACCAAGAUUUUCAUCCGCACGCCUCGGACACUCUUUACGUUGGAAGAACUACAUGCCAAGAUGCUUGUAUGGGUUGUUCUUUUCCUACAGAAGGUUUGGAGGGGCACACUGGCUCGCUUGCGCUACAAGAGAACCCGAGCUGCCCUCAAGAUCAUAAAGUGCUACCGCCGAUACAAAGUGAAGUCGUAUAUCUGCGAGGUUGCCCGGCGAUUUCACAACGUCAGGUCUAUGAAAGGCUACGGCAAGCAUGUGAGAUGGCCCACCCCACCCAAAGUGCUGCGGCGGUUUGAAGAGGCUCUGCAAGCAAUCUAUCACAGGUGGAGGGCGCACGAACUUAUCAAGAGCAUUCCCCCCAAGGAUGUGCCUCAGAUCAGGGCAAAGGUGGCAGCAGUGGAAGUGCUGAAGGGCCACCGAAGUGAUAUGGGGAUCCAAAGAGCCUGGCAGGGCAACUACAUUGCAUUGAAUCCAGAUAACCCUCAGGCUGCAGGCUCAUUUGUCCCCAUUGCCAAUGAGUUGAAACGAAAAGACAAGUUCAUGAAUGUUCUCUUCUCGUCUCACGUCCGCAAGAUAAACCGCUUUAGCAAAGUGGAAGAUCGGGCAAUUUUUAUCACUGACAGACACCUUUAUAAGAUGGAUCCGACAAAGCACUACAAAGUGAUGAAAACCAUCCCACUGUACAAUCUGACGGGAUUGAGUGUCUCCAAUGGAAAAGACCAGCUUGCAGUUUUCCACACAAAAGACAACAAGGACCUAAUUGUGUGCCUCCUCAGUAUGCAUCCAGUCAAUGAGAGCAAGAUCGGAGAGUUGAUUGGAGUCCUGGCAAAUCACUUCAAAAGUGAGAAACGCCGCCUGCAAGUCAGCGUUGCCAAUCCGGUCCAGUGCAGCAUGCAUGGUCGGAAAUGCACCAUCUCCGUGGAAACCAGAAUAAACCAAUCAGAGCCAAACUUCACCAAGGAUCGGUCAGGCUUCGUCCUGUGUGUGCCUGGAAAUUAGCAUUGCUUCUGCUAUGGGAGGGCUGUGGGGGGGGGGAGGUAGAGAGAGACUCCCCCUUUAAGCAGCCUUCCUUUCCUCUUGUGCCUUGAAUCUUGCAUGGGAGUGGGAGGAGGAGGAGGACGGUUGUAAAGAUGUUUGUCUGUGACACACAUCUAGACAGCUCUAAAGCUACACUGAGCAGGAGCUUAAAAUAGCCUCUCCAUUGUGCUGGCUAUAAAUUUAGAACUGGCUCCCAUGCUAUGUUUUAGCAAAGUGCCUUUUAUGAAUGGAUAUAUGUAUAUAUGCUCUCCUCCUCCUAUUCCCCCCCUAUCUAAGAUGGUUGCGUAAUUAAUCCUUGGGACUCCAAAGCCUUGUAUGGGAGGGAAUAGGAGGGGGGGCGGGAACCCCUUUGGAUUUCAUGCAGGCCUUAAUUUUAAAAGUGAUCUGUACUUAAAAAGAGGUGGGCUUUCCGUAGCACAGUUUCCCCAGCCCCUUUUGUUCCAAAGAGGUUGUGCAUGAGAGGAACCCCCCCCCGGCCACGGUUUGCCCACUUAGUACCCUCCAGAUGUUGUGGACUCCCAGCUCCCAUCAUCCCC